UGCGCAGUAGGAGCAGCGCUGAAAUUCAAAUUUGAACAGUUGUUUUGUGCAAAGAGGAGCCGAGCCGAGAAGAGAGAAGAGAAGCUGAGAGCCGCUCAGCUCGCCUCACUACGCCCUGUUUGUGUACACAUAGUGGUGUACACGGUUUUUAAAAAUACCCAGUUGUUGAAAUAUUGCUCGAGUGGGGAUAAACAGUCCAAAAUGGAUCCAUUUACUGAGAAACUGUUGGAGCGGACCCGGGCUCGCAGAGAAAACCUGCAGAAGAAAAUGGCAGAGAGGCCAAAUGCAGCAAACAGACAGAUGGUCAAAAGGCCCAGAGAGCCACUGGCUGACACCAAUAGUGUGAUCAGUGAGCCGGUCAUUGAUAAAGUUCCACAGGUGUCCUCCAAGCCCUCUCCUUCCAAGCGUAGGUGCUCAGGGGAAAACGUCCAGCCUGCAGCCGGUGAGGAGAACCAGCAGCCAAUGGUGGCACGAGCUGUGGCUCCUAUGCUCUCGGACCCUCCGACAGACAAGAAACCCCCGGUGGGGCCUGCCAGCGUUCGACCUACCUCCUCUCUGGAGAAGACUGCUACCCGGCCUGCUGUCCAGUCUCAGCCAGGGCAGCUGAAAACUGCACAGCCAGAGCCAGAGAAGAUGGCUGUCACCCCUGCUCCCGAUCUUCCAAGCAGCAGAGAAGCAGAGAUGGUGCCUGCCAGUUCAGCCCUGCAGAGGAACAAGGAGGACCUGGUGGAAGAUCCAGCUCCAUCUGCUGCUGGCAUGAAGUCCCGUCUGCAGAGGCUAGCAGAGCAGAGAAAGUGUUGGGAUGGCGAUGGCACCUCUGUUGCAGUUCCAGACUGCACCCCCCUUUCCCUGUUGAAGAGACAAGCUGAGGUCCCACCAGCUGCCAUCCCCACCGCGUCCUCAGAAACUCCAGUGGGAAGGAGAGGCAGACUAGCCAACCUCGCUGCCACAAUUGGAUCCUGGGAAGACGACCUAAGCCAUGCUAACAUUCCUAAUGAAAAUGCAAAACAGAAGCCAGGUGCCACUGUUCCUAAGUUAGCAGUCAGGGAUGUUACUGUGGCUGCCAUCACUAAACCAAGUGCUGCAGGCCAUGUGGCGGCCAGUUCAACUGCAAGCAGCAAGCCUACAUCCAGCUCUAAUCAGCAGGCUGUGUGUUCUCCAGUGAAGUCUAGCCGAGUGGGAUUCCCAAGCCCUCAGAAGGCUGACAUUCCUGCACCCAGGCCAGCACUUAAAUCCGUAACAAGUCCUCUGAAGAGUUCCAACCAGGGAACAGCCUUCCCAUCUGGUCUCCAGAAGGCCGGCCCGUCCUCCUCAACAUCAGUGCCUCAAAGUCCCCUGAAGAAUCAGGCCCUCUCCAGGGGUCUCAACUCCACCUCCAGCCCCCAGAAGCCAGAACUCUGUGCCAAGCCCACCAUUGCUGCCUCCCCUGCACCCCAGGAAAAGGCCACUGCUGGAGCUCCUGGUGUAAAAUCUUUCCUGGAGCGCUUUGGAGAGAGGUGCCAGGAGCGUACUAACCAGAGCUCCCCAGCAGGGGGCUCAACCCAUGCCAAGACUCCCACUGUAACUCCAUCAGCAGUCACACCAAACACCAGACUGGUACAGGAGAGGCUCAGAGCUGCCCAGGCUGCAAACACGAGCACGGCUGAUCUCGCCCAAAGACAGAAGCUGGAGCGAGAGUCUGAGCUGGCUCAGAUUCGCAGUCGCUUUCAGAAGGGGAACAAUAUGUGGAAAAACCAAGAUGAAGCGGCACAAACUAAUAAAAACACAGACAUCAAGGAACAGCUUUACAAGACUGUGGAGGCUGAAGUUGCCCCAUGUGAGCUGCAGGAUGAACCCACAGCACCCUCUACUGAUGGUACAGAUACACCCACAAAGUGCAUUCCUCCAGCAGGUCAUGGGUUGGUGGUCUCGCCUCCGGUCUCAACAUCCAGUCCUCUGAGGGCGGUCGCCCAUACUGUAGAGAAAACAAGUGAUGAAACCUCAGAAGAGGAGGUGGUCAAGGAGAUAGAGAUGAAUGUGGACCAGUCCAUCAACUCUGCUGUUAUCAAUGAGUUGUUUGAUGGAAUCCUGGAGCAGAGUGAAGAUCAGAAUGAUGAGGAGGAGGAAGAGGAAGAUGCUUUGAAUAUCUCCUCCAUGUCCCUCCUCACUCCACUAGCAGAGACUGUGGCUGCUGUGGUGAAGAGUCCAGAGAGAAGAAUGAUGACAUCAACUCCAGCCAGCUCAUUCAUCGUAAAGAGCAACACUCCAGACAAUGUUUCCAAACCUAGCAAGUUCCAGAGAACUAACAUGGUACGAACUGCCUCCUCAGACAGCAUUGAGGCCUCAGAUGAGAACCACAAACUGCCAUAUAGCAUUGAUGCAUAUAGGUCCACCAGGGUGAAAGAGACUGAGAGACCCAAUGUGAAACAGGUGAUUGUGAGAAAAGAGGACGUUUCCCACAGAGUGGAGGAACCCAGAGGAUCCAGUCUCUUCAGUAUCAAACAGAAGAUGAAGAUUCUGACGAAUGAGAUGAACCUGCAGCAGACAGUUAUACAUCAGGCCAGUCAGGCACUCAACUGCUGCACAGAUGAAGAACAUGGCAAAGGAUCCCAGGUGGAGGCUGAGGCAGAGAGGCUGCUGCUGGUGGCAACGGAGAGGAGGGAAGCAUUGAAGGCAGAGCUGGACUGUCUGAAAGCAGACCCGACAGGCCAGAAAAAGGCCCCGGCAGCCCCAGAACCAACUGGCAUGUCUGCCUCCAAGGGCUCCAUCACCCUGCAGGAGUUACGCCUGCCUCUCAAGGCAGACUUUGUUUGCUCCAUUGCCAACAAGCCAGGGUCAACCAAACACUCCUUCUUCAUCAUGAUUCGUGCUGGAGCAGAGAACACUGUGGCCACGCCAUUAGCCAGCACACACCGCAGCCUCAGUGGGGACACCCUCGCCUUCCCUACAAAGUUCACCAUAUCUGAUGUCUCCAGUGACUUUGAAAUUAAUAUUGAGGUUUAUUGCCUGGUGCAGAAGCGUGAGGUCUGCAGUGACAAGAAGAAGAAACCCAGCAAGUCAAAGAUGAUAUGGAGAGAGGUUCAUGAGGCCCAUGAUUUGUGUAUGUCGGCUAUCACUCCAAAGAGAUUCCUCGCCAUCACUAAAAGUGUCCAGACACCAGUUCUGGCCAGUCCAGGAGGCCCCAACGCUGUUCGCACCAGUAACUUCGUCCUUGUCGGAUCACACAAGCUCACCCUGUCCUCUGUUGGGAAAAACAAAUUUCCUCUGGAGAAGAUCAAAUAUGAAGGAAGGGAAAGAGAACUACUCAGUGGCAUGUUUCAUACCAAGGUGCCAUUCCUGUGCCCUCUGGAGGGCCACAUCUACCUCAAGAUGCAGUGUGAAGUUGGCUCAAAGGUGGAGGAGAAGGGCUUCCUGACGAUGUUUGAAGAUGUUAGUGGAUUUGGAGCCUGGCACAGGAGGUGGUGUGUCUUAUCAGGAUACUGCAUCUCCUACUGGACCUAUCCAGAUGAUGAGAAGCGCAAGAAUCCUAUUGGUCGCAUCAGCCUGGCUAACUGCACCAGUAAGAAGGUGGAACCAGCCAACAGAGAGUUUUGUGCCAGACCCAACACAUUUGAGCUCAUCACAGUCAGACCACAAAGAGAGGAUGACAAAGAGACACUAGUCAGUCAGUGCAAGAAUACCAUGUGUGUCACCAAAAACUGGCUAAGCGCAGACACUAAGGACGAGAGGAAUCUGUGGAUGAAGAAACUGAACCAGAUUCUGGUGGAUCUGCGUAUGUGGCAACCAGACGCCUGUUACAGGCCUCUGUAAUUACUGCGCUGUCACAGCCAGCCCGCCUGUCUUUUGGACCGGUAAUAUCAGUGACACAUGCAAUCACUAAGUGCAAUACAGUAUAAGAAUUGCUUAAUAGUUUUACUUGUGGAUAUCUUACAGGAGAUAAGUAACUAAAGACAAGUUAUAGAUCAGAGGGAAGUAAAUAAAGCCAUACAUUUGAAACAUUUCAAGACAGUAUUUUUAUGUAGGAGUUGGGGUUUGGCGCUAUAUUUCAUACAUCCAGACUGGUUUGAUACUCUGAAUGUUUUUGGGGGUUGUUGAGUUGCCACAUUAUUUUGUUAAUGCAAUGAUUUAGUUUGCUUGACACAUGAUGCAUGGCUUUAAAUUAUUUGGUUUCAAAGCUGAAAUCAAUAUAUAAGUGGUGUUGAAAUUACAGAUGAAUACUAAUUUGAAGCACCACAGUUUUAUCACAUUCGUCCUGCAUGACAGCACAGAACAAUACUGAUACUUUUGGUAAGUUUAUACUUUAUAUAUUAGCUUUUAUAACUUGUGGCAGGACUCACGUGUUUUGUCUUCAUGGCCGUGCACAUAUUUUUGAUACCAGUUAUACCCCAGCUUUCAUUCUAUUUGUAAUGUUUGUUCAGUGUGUAUGUAAUUGAUUCAGUGUGGAAGGUUUGGAUAACUGGGGGUAAGGUCAGUUACAUAUUCUACGCUAGAGCCGACCAACAGUCAUUUGUGGCCAAUACAGAUUUUAAUAUAAAUGCAUAAGGAUCCCAUUUUGGAUAUUACAGAGUUGUGAACAACUGAUGUACAAAUCAGAACAUUAACAGUUUAUAAAUGACCUUAAACACAUCUUCGGCUGUCUGUACUGCAGUUUACUACUUAUUGGUAUAUACGCUGCUACCGACAUUUGAUAUUGCCCAUCUUAUUUAUUUUCUUUAGAGGAGAGGUUCAGUUGCUGCUUAAGCAAUAAUACCUGAAAUAUGUGGUGUUACUACAAAUUUUGCUUUGUAAGUCACACCCCUUGUGUUGCUUAUGUGGAAUAUGUAACAGACUUUACGGUGACCCUGCAAGUGUUGUGUAAAUGUAAUUUCAGAUGACAGAUUUUCACUUGUUCAAGUAAAAGACGACGCUUUUUCAUCAUGUUGAUAAUGAAUACAGACUUACAAAACUA